AGAUGGGAGAGGCGGAUGUUACUCUGAACCAGACCGACGAGAAGCCUCCGGACUCCGGCUUGGUGCCCGGAGAGGACUCGGUGGUCUGGAGCCACGAGGUGGAAGUUUGUCUGUUUCACGCGAUGAUCGGACACAAACCCGUCGGAGUGAACCGUCACUUCCACAUGAUCUGCAUCAGAGAUAAGUUCAGUCAGAACAUCGGACGCCAGGUUUCCUCCUCCGUCAUCUGGGAUCACCUGGGAACCAUGUACGACAUGCAGGCUCUGCACGAGUCGGAGAUUUUGCCGUUCCCAAACACAGAGAAGAGCUUCUCUCUGCCUGAUGACAUCAUCCAGGAAGUAAAAGAAGGGAAGCUGGGCUCAGAGGAAGACACUAAAGAAGAGUUCAGGAUGGAGAGAGAACCUCCUGCUACACACGAAGAAGGUAGUAACUCCUCGGUGAAAAUGUCGGAGCGAACGAGCAGCAGUCGGGAAAAAGAGAGAGAGCGAGACAAGGAGAAAGGCGGGAGCGAGGGAGGAGCAGGAGGAGGAGGAGGAGGAGGAACGGGAGGAGCGGCGGGAGGAGGAGGAGGAGGAGCGAAGGAGGCGGAGAAGAGGAAGAGGAGCCGAGCGGCGGAGAAGCUGCUGUCGUCCUCCAACCCUGCGAGUCCCGGAGGAGCCAAGAGGAGGCGCACCUGAGCGGCGGACGCAGAGCGGAGGAGAGACGAGCCGCCGUCACGGGAUCGAACCUGCGAGCUGCGUGUCACAUGACUGUCUGACGGCUGCAGACAGGAAACAGGAAACAGUCUGCGAGCCGUGGCAGACAGACGGCGGCGAGUCGGAGGUUCUUAAAACAAAGACCUGUAAUUAUUAUUCCUUUGUGUAAUCUUAUCGUGUCCCAGUAGUCCAUGUUCAGUGGCCCGGAGCGGGGCCGCGGGCCGCGGGUUGGGGACCACUGCUGUAGGGGACGAAGCAGAAGAGUGUUCCUUUGGGUUUUAUAGAUUUUCUUUUUAUGUCAUUUUGUGUGUUUUGUUUUUUGCAUCUGGACUCAGUUCAUCCAGCUGUGACUCAUGAGGAUUUAUUCUAAACGAUUCAAACGUCUGAUCAGCUGACAGGAAGUAGAUCGGCUGACAGGAAGUAGAUCCCAGCGGACCGCCAGACAUCCACCGUCCACCUCAGACUCAAACCGCUGAUGUCCUCUAGCGCCACCAGCAGGUUUAACCCUUUACACGCUGCUCAUGUUCUCACUCAUCAGGCUCGAAGGCCAGAGGGUCACGUGAUCUCACGUGGGCCGGAUCGGACCCUCGGCAGGCCGGUUCUGGCCCACGCGUCUCAUGUUUGACACAUCAGGAAACGUUUGAAGCUCUCAGAUGAGCGUGAGCAGAAUGUAAAGGGUUAAAGUUUCGUUCUCUAGCGCCACCUGCAGGUUCUCUUCUUUCUUUUAUUGGAACUGUUGGAUGAUUGUUGAUAUUUGGCUGAAUAAUAAUAAUAAUAAUAAUAAUGAGAGACUCUGGUUGGAUAUAACUGUUACGUUCUGUUGUUGAAACCUAGAAAAUUAAAUUUACUACAAAGUUUCUUCCCUCCAUAAUUUAAUUUCAUCAGGAAAAAUGAAUUGAUGUUUAAAAUCUGACACUGAGCUGCAUUUAAAGUCAUUUCCAGUCCGUCUGAAUCCUUCAAUAACCUGCUUUUAUGUUGUUGAUGUUUUUAUGGUUGGUUUCGUGCUACAUUCAUAUAAUCAUCAAUACUUUCAUUUAAUUGGUUGAUAAUUUGUACGUUAUGCUUUUUAUAAAAGGUUGAUGGAAGACGAC